CGCGUUUAAUGCCAUGGUAAUCUUGCCUGUCCACUAAGUGCCAUUCGUCGUCGAACACCAUGUCCGUCAGUCCGCCCCUCUGCUACCCAAGAUACGGCGGCCAACCUACCAGCGACGGGAUCCCUGUGCCUCCGCUUCUGCCCCUCAUGCCACCUCAGGCAUACUCCACUGCACUCGACCACAACCUCCCCGGACCAGCGAACGUGGCGAAUUACAGGAGGACGUCUCACUUGAUCCCCGCAGCGAGCCCGCGGUCGCUCCCUUAUACCUCUCCCCUGCGAGAGGAUGCGACAAGAAGCGAGCGCGUCGACGCAAAGGCCCUGGCGCACGCCCUCAUCGACGCGAAGGUGCAAUUCGAGACUGGGCCGGCACAGAGACAGUACAAGGGAGGGUCGCAGGCGGCGCUGUGGAACUGCGUCGACCGGUAUGUCCGCCAAGAUCCUCCGAUCGACCUGCGCAACCGCGGGAUGACGCUGUUCCUCACCCACGCGACGGGCUUUCCUCGUCAGAUCUGGGAGCCCACCUUGGUCCGCCUGUUCUCCCACGCACAACAGGAUGCGUCGCUGCUUAUUGACGAGGUGUGGUCGUUUGAGUCGGUGCAGCAUGGUGAUUCGGGCGUUCUGAACGACAGAGAGCUGCGGGACGUCUUCGACUGGCAGGAUCAGUGUCGCGACAUAUGCAAUUUCCUCCUUCACUACCUACCGGUCCACUGUUCUUCUGCACCUCUCCCUCCCCGCUUGGCAUACAUCGGGACACGACCUGAGCGGCGCCAGGUCAUCGGGAUUGGACACUCGUAUGGAGGAACUACGAUCACUCGGGUGGCAAUAGAACAACCAGGGCUCUUCCAACGACUUAUUCUCGUCGAACCCAUGAUCACUCCCCCGACGUUCACUCGGGGAAAGGGACUCGAUCUCCUCCUCCGGGGUGCGCUGAGCAAGCGGAGUCGGUGGCCAUCGAGGGCGCACGCGAAGAGCGACAUCCUGCAGUCGCGAUCCUCGAAUACCUGGCACCUCGAUGUCGUGGAUGUGUUUGUCGAGCACGGGCUCAUCGAGCAGUGCGGCGACGCCCCGGGUGCUGUCCGCCUGAAGACCCGGCCGUUCGACGAGGCGGUCGUCUACUGCGAGUGGAACGUGUGCUACGAGACGUGGACGGGUCUGAAAGACAUCCCUUCCGGGCUCGGCCUCCACUGGAUCAUGAGCGCCAAGUCGAAUGUGACGACCGGCGGGACGGCAAUGACACAGGAAACGGUCUGGAGGAGGGCCGAGAACGCCAGCAACGUCCGCGUCGGGGGCGCUGGCCACCUUAUCGUCCAAGAGGCGCCUGAUGAGCUGGCUUCCGAGCUUGUCAAAGCCCUAUCUGGACAACCCUUACCGCCACUACCCAGGUCCCAACUAUAAACCGAGAAGGUGAGGAAAUGAAAGUUGGGAU